AUGACCGAUUUUCGUAUUCCAAAACCAAAGUUUUUCACUACCACAAAAAAAGGUCAUUUGACGUUGCUUGCGUCGUUGCAAAGCAUUUCUACACGCGAGAACUACGAACUUAAAUCAGAUCUAAAUAGUGAAUAUCGAGAUCGUCGAAAGGAUGCGAUAAAAAAAGUUAUUGCCAAUAUGACAGUCGGAAAAGACGUGUCGGGACUAUUUCCCGACGUGCUAAAAAACAUGCAAACAGAGGAUCUUGAACAAAAGAAAUUAGUGUAUCUUUAUCUGAUGAAUUAUGCCAAAACACAGCCAGAAUUGGUUAUUUUAGCUGUAAAUACAUUUGUGAAGGAUACCGAUGAUGGUAAUCCAUUAAUUCGAGCAUUGGCCAUUCGAACAAUGGGCUGCAUUCGUGUUGAGAAAAUUAUUGAUUAUCUUUGCGAGCCAUUACGGAAAUGUUUAAAGGAUGAAAACCCGUAUGUCAGAAAGACAGCUGCUAUAUGUGUAGCAAAGUUAUAUGAUUUAAAUCCUGCGUUAGCUACAGACAACGGUUUUGUUGCAACCCUGCAGGAUAUGGUUUCGGAUUCAAAUCCCAUGGUGGUCGCCAACGCUAUUACAGCAUUGGCUGAAAUUAAUGAGGCAUCCGAAACAAAAGACAUAUUUGUAAUUAAUAUUACGACCCUCAAUAAACUAUUGGUGGCUUUAAACGAAUGUACAGAAUGGGGGCGAAUAGCCAUUUUGACAGCAUUGGCAGAGUAUCGACCUGUUGACGAAAAAGAGGCCGAACAUAUUAUUGAACGUGUAGUUCCGCAGUUUCAACACGUAAAUGGGAGCGUGGUUUUAGCUGGAAUAAAGGUAGUCAUUUUAUAUAUGCGAGUAAUAAAAACUGAAGAGCUUAUUCGUCAGCUAGUAAAAAAAAUGGCACCUCCAUUAGUAACUUUACUCUCAUCAGUCCCCGAAGUACAAUAUGUCGCGCUUCGAAACAUCAAUCUAAUAUUACAAAAGCGACCUGAUAUAUUGCAACACGAGAUACGCGUCUUCUUCUGUAAAUAUAAUGAUCCACUCUACGUAAAAUUAGAGAAACUGGAGAUAAUGAUCAAGUUGGCGAAUGAUAAAAAUGUAGAUCAACUAUUAUCAGAAUUGAAGGAGUAUGCUUCUGAAGUGGAUGUUGAUUUUGUGCGAAAAUCCGUCAGAGCUAUUGGGCAAUGCGCAAUCAAGAUUGAAGAGUCAUCUGAAAGAUGUAUCAAUGUUUUGCUAGAUUUGAUUAAUUCCAGUAACACAAUGUCAGAUAUGGCUAAUAGCAAAGUUAAUUACGUGGUUCAGGAAGCCAUCGUUGUAAUAAAGGAUAUUUUUAGGAAAUAUCCACGAAAGUAUGAGGGAAUUAUCCCUACAUUAUGUAAAAAUUUGGAUGCCUUAGAUGAGCCUGAGGCUAAAGCAUCGCUGAUUUGGAUUAUUGGUGAAUAUGCAGAGAAAAUAGAUAAUGCAAAUGAAUUAUUAGAAUCAUUCUUGGAGACUUUUCGAGAGGAAAAUGUGCAGGUGCAAUUACAAUUGAUCACUGCUACAGUAAAGGUCUUCUUGAAAAAACCACAAAAAUCUCGAGACAUCGUACAACAAGUAUUACAGAUUGCUACCACGGAUUGUGAUAAUCCUGAUAUUAGAGAUCGGGCCUAUGUGUAUUGGCGAUUAUUGUCUACAGAUCCUCAAGCGGCAAAGGCAGUAGUACUGUCCGAGAAACCAGCAAUUUCCGUUGAGAAUCAAUCGAUAUCGGGUCCUCUGUUGGACGAACUUAUCAAUCAUAUAUCCACCCUAGCUAGCGUGUAUCAUAAACCACCAGAGUCAUUUUUGGGACGUGGAACAUUUGGCGCGGAUGCCGUUCAGCGAAGAGCGAUCGAGGAACAAGAAGAAGAAUCGCGUGAAUCACCGAUUCAAGAACAAGUCAAAAACGAAAAUCUCUUGGAUCUCGACUUCUCUGAUACAUCUGCUACACCGACGUCUGCUAAUCCACCAUCUGCUGUUUCGCCAUUCUCCGAAUCAACAUCAACUAACAUUGACGAUCUGUUAGGGCUUUUUGGUAAUGAUACUAAAUUCGGAACAACCGCUAAUAGUUCAACGACCCCAGCAGGGUCUUCGGCUACUACGCAAAGCAAUGCAUUGAAUGAUUUGGUUAGUUUGAUAUAA